AUGAAUAGUAAAGAAAGUACGUGGAAACUGCUCCGAAGAACUUCUGCUCACAACCUGCGCUCUGUAAGGGAUGAGAACCCAAACAAGUCGUGUUGUGUGCCCAGACCUGUAACCUUUAUCAGCUUGUUAGCAAACAGUGUCAUACUGGGACAGCAUCCUGCAGCACGUGGUAGUGGUGACCUGUUCACUGCCCGGACACUUACUAGGUUAGCUCCAUCUGUUUCGGUAGCAGUAAUGAAUGUUAUAACAAUUGAAGACUAUAAGAGCACAUAUUGGCCAAAGUUGGACAGUGCCAUAGAUCAACUUUUGACUCAGAGUCCUGGUGACUACAUCCCUAUCUCCUAUGAACAAAUAUACAGUUGUGUGUAUAAGUGUGUAUGCCAGCAGCAUUCGGAACAGAUGUAUAGUGACCUAAUAAAAAAGAUAACUAACCACUUAGAGAGAGUCUCAAAGGAGCUGCAGGCCAGCCCUCCAGAUCUCUAUAUUGAAAGAUUUAACGUAGCUCUUGGACAAUAUAUGGGAGCAUUGCAGAGCAUUGUGCCUCUUUUCAUAUAUAUGAAUAAAUUUUACAUAGAAACCAAGCUUAACAGAGACCUAAAAGAUGACCUUAUAAAGCUGUUUACGGAACAUGUUGCAGAAAAGCACAUUUACAGCCUAAUGC